AAUUCAGCAAUUGGAUUAUAGCAAGACUUUUGAGAAUUGCUGCUAGUCCAAACUGCCACAUUUUACAUGAGAACAUUAGUAAUGUGAUUUGUUCUUUACUCUGCCUUUUCAAAGUCAAAAACUGUGUCUUGUUUAACCUUGUAACAAAAGAACUGCUGUAUCUUCUUCAAGAUCUGAUUUCAAUCCAUGAAAAAAAUAUAGAGAUGAUUUUGACAUGGCCUGUGACUGUGAGCAGAUUUUCUUGCAAUUCCACUGCAAAUCUGGGCAAUUUAAGUUCUAUCCAGCUACAGUUAAAUGGAAUGAAUAACGUAGAAUGCUUGGAAAUAACUUCAAUAAGGAUUCUUACUCGUAUAGUUUCUUACAUGUAUUUCAAACCACAAGAUAUUAUCCUUUUUGGAAUAGGUUGCUCCCUUUUGGACUAUGGUAGCCCUAAAGUUAAAAUUUUGAGUAUGGCAUUUUUAACAGAACUCCUAGAGCUUGGAGGACUUCCAGAAGACCUAGCCAAUAAUUUCUUCUCAUUUCUAUUUGGAAUUUUGCAAUCCAUUCCUAUAAUGGAUUCUGCAAAGCUGGAAUUAUAUGAAGAACCACUCUUAAUAUUAGUGAGAACUUUAUUUCCUUUUCAAAUUCAUUCCCAUGAGACUUUUGAACCUAUUUAUCUAAACAUACUACUAGAAAAACUUCAUGCAUUGUUUGAAGCUGAUGCGCUCAGGUUUCUCCAGUCUAUGAAGAUAAAAGAAGUAUUAUGUCACAUACUACAGUAUUUCUUGAUGUAUGUACCAGCUGGAUAUGAAUCUGCUGUUCUGGUUAGAAAAACUUAUAUUAACAACAUUUGCAGAUUUUUCAUCUCAGCAAUUGGAUGCCAGAUAGAACAAGAGGUAAGUGUUAUUAAAAUGUUAACAAAGUAUCUGCUGAGUCCAGUCUAUGUAGUGUUGAAGUCUGUGACAGCAGAAAUCAUCCAGGAACUGCAGUGUAGGUGUUUUCCAGAGACUUCUGAUACUGAUGGGGGAAGUAGUAGCAGUAGUGAUGAUGUUCCACAAAAAAGGCUUCGUUUAUGUCUAUCCUUAAAACAUCCUAAAAACUUGCCAGCACCACCAGA